GGAAAUGUGAGUAAAUGAGCUCACACAUUUUGGUCUGCGUGUUUUGGAGAAUGCAGAUGGAAAACUGUUUGUAGUUUUUAUAUUUUUAUAGCGAGCAGCUUUUACUUUCACUUUCAUUUGUGUCGUUUGUGGCGCAGCAAGAAUUUGUUGCCCAGUUUCUCCAGGUGUCUCCUGCACGGCGACAACAUGGCCGCUGCGGCAGCAGACGAAGGAAGCGUAGCGAGGUCUCUGAGCCACAGCAGCAGCUAUCAGUUCCUUCCUCCCACCAUGUCUGAGCUGCGGGUUGUUCUGCUGGGGAACAGCUGGUCUCAGAGGAGCUCAGUGAUUAACUUCAUACUGAGAAGGACUGUGGUCAACACUGAGGAAGAACCAGACUGCUGUCUGACCAUCAGACGCCAGCUGAAAGAGAAAGAAAUCGUCCUCAUCAACACCUCAGAUCUGCUGCAUCCCAACAUCUCUGAGAACAAACUGAAAGAACAUGUGAAAAAGUGUGUGAGACUCUGUGGUCCUGGACCUCAUGUGUUCCUGCUGGUUCUCCAGCCUGAGGACUUCACUGAGGAACACAAACUGAAGCUCUGCAGAGUCCUUCAGCGCUUCAGUGAUCGAUCAUUUGAUCAUUCACUGGUUCUGAUGUCAACACCCAGAGAGGAGAGUCCAGGUUUCAUGGAAGAAUAUCAUCAGCGUCCACCCUUCAAAGACCUGAUCAGAAGAUGUCAGUACAGGUUCUUGUGGCAGAAGAAUCUUGAACUUCCAGAGCUGUUAACACGCUUGGGUCAAAUUGCAAAGGAGAACGAUAGAGGGCAUGUUAGCUGUGAUGUGUUUGAUGAUGAGGAUGAAGGUUUACUCAUGUCUCCACAGUCUGUGUCUGACCCAGUCAAACCAGCUUUAAACCUGGUUCUGUGUGGGAGGAGAGGAGCAGGGAAGACUUCAGCAGCCAAAGCCAUUUUCCUUCAGACAGACUCUGAUUCAGUCUCCACCUCAUCACGGUGUGUUAGACAUCAGGGAGAGGUGUGUGGACGUCAGCUUUCCCUGGUGGAGCUGCCGGCCUUGUAUGGAAAACCUCAGAAGGAAGUGAUGGAGGAAUCGUUCAGGUGCAUGUCCCUCUGUGAUCCUGAGGGCGUCCAUGCCUUCAUCCUGGUCCUACCUGUGGGUCCCCUCACUGAAGAAGACAAAGGAGAGUUCAAGACCAUCCAGAACACAUUCGGCUCUGGAGUCAAUGACUUCACCCUGAUUCUGUUCGCUGUGAACUCAGAUCCUACAGCUCCAGCUGUUGUUAACUUUGUAAAGGAAGACAAGGACAUCCAGGAGCUCCGUCAGAGCUGUGGAGGAAGACAUGUUGUUCUCAACAUCAAGGACAAGCAGCAGAUCCCAGAGCUGCUGGAUGAUGUGGGAAGGAUGAGAGCUGAAGGAUCCAGAUGCUUCACAAAGGACAUGUUCACCAGGGCUCAGAUGGAGAAGGUUUCAAGACUUAAAGCUGAACUGCAGGGUGUGAAACAGAGGAGUGAGACACAACAUGAUGAUGGGAAUCAGAGCAGAGAGAGUCUCAGGAUGGUGCUGAUUGGGCGGACUGGCAGUGGGAAAAGUGCAACAGGAAACACCAUUUUAGGCAAAAAACAUUUUGAACCCAGAAUCACCCCGAAGCCAGCGACCAGGUUCUGUGAGAGGGCAACAGGAGAGGUUGAUGGACGACCUGUGACUGUGGUCAACACUCCUGCAUUGUUUGAUCCAACUCUGUCUGAUGAGGAAAUUCAACAGGAGCUUCACAGAUGCUUCAGCAUGUUGUCUCCUGGACCUCAUGUGUUCUUACUGGUGCUGCAGAUCGGGACCUUUAAAGACGAGGAAAAAGACUGUGUGGAGCUGAUCAAGAAGGUUUUCGGCAAGAAGUCUGAAGACUUCAUCAUCAUCAUAUUCACCAGAGGAGAUGAGCUGACGAACCAGACAUUUGAGAGUUAUGUUGAAGGUUGUGAUGAUUAUGUCAGACAGCUCAUAAGUGACUGUGGAGGGAGAUACCAGGUCUUCAAUAACAAGGAUUACACAAACCGCACACAAGUCAGAGAGCUGCUGACCAACAUCGAGACAAUGGUGAGGAACAAUGGUGGCUGCUACUACACUGAGAUGCUGGGUGACAGCGACAAAUUCAUGCAAGCACGAGUGGAGAAGAAUUUGAAAGAGAAGGAAGACGGCAUGAAGAGAAAACAUGAGGAAGAUCUGAAAACACUGAAAAGGAAAAUAAGUGAACAGUGUGGAGAAAUCGAACAGGAGAGAAAACUGAGAGUCAAAGAGCUGAAGGACAAAGACGAGUGCAUCAACAGGGAGCGUCAGAACAGAAAGAAAGAACGACAGGAAGAGGAAAGAAGAUGGAAGAAACAAGAAGAAACUCAGCGGCAGGAGUGGAGGAAAAGACUGGAAGCCUCUGAGAAACAGAGGGAAAUCACUGAGAGGAAGCUGGAGCAGUGCAGGAAGGACAUGAAGAGAGAGCGAGACGCUUGGGACAAGGAGAGAAAGGACAUGUGGGAACGAAUACGUCAGGAGGACAAACAGACUCUAGAGGAGGAGAAAACAAGCUUCAGGAAGCUCCAAGACGAGUACCAUCGUAAGAGAAGAAAAUGGACAUAUUCUGUGGUCGUGCUGCUGGUGUUUCUGUUAUCUUUACUGUACUUUAUUAUGUUUAUGAGUUAUGCAAACACAUAGACUGCAGAGAGCACUACGUCCAGAAACACACAGAACGACUCUGACUGCUUCCCAGGGACACAAAGACUGCAGAUUCACAUUUCUGGACCUUGGAGAUCAGUUUCCUCAGCAGCCGUAUGACAAAUCAAAUCACUAAUAAGUCACACUAGAGACGUCAUCUACAUGUUAAAAAUCAAGAAUUUUAUAACAAUAAUAAUGAUGUAUAUUAAUAUAUAAAGAAACUAAAAUCUGAA